UAGAAGCUCUUAGUCACUCGAGUUACAAACUCCUCGUGUAUAUAGUGUGAAUAGAAAGAAGGAAAUAGACGUACAAAAGCCUCCUAUCAAACCGGGGAGACAAUUUUUCCUGGUAAUUUAAUAUGUGUACUUUCCUGGUUGCUUUCCAUGCAAGAGGGGUAUACUUUUCAUUUCACUCGGAGCCAUGGCCUAUAUAUAUGUGGUUUUACUGCUAGCUAGCUAUGCACAUUACUCACAACCAGUUUAGGAGGAGUCUAAUUGCAUACAUUCUCAUCUUACCAAUCUUGCUUUAAACCUCUCAUUCGCUGCAAAUCCGCUGCAAGAGAUCAAAUUUUCUCGAUUUCUUGUCUGAUCAUCUCUCUAAUUUUCUUGUGUCGCAAGGAAAUAUGGUCGUCGAGCCAAAUACAGAGGAUCAAGCUACUGAAGGUGCCUCCUCUCUUACUGCUGGCUUGCUUAUACAGACCAUCGAGCACCGGGGAACCUCGCUUAGACGUAUUGUUCUAGGCAUUUUGUUUUCAUCCCGCAUUAGGAAAACCAUACGUCUGCGCAAAGCCUCUAGUUAUGAACCUUUAGCAACAGCAUCAACGGCACCUGAUGCUGCCUCUGACCAUGUGAUUGACAUCCCUCUCCAGGAAAGGUUUUCGAACAACGUUGCCAGAAUUGUGAGGGAGAAGGACUUGAACUCACUCCGUGGACUUGGUGGUGUUGACGGCAUCUUGCCACUUCUCAGGCCUCAAUUUGAGGAUGGUGCCGUUGAUGGUGGUCAAAAUCCGCAAGGAUGGAACGUUACCAAGUCCCCAGUUGAUGCAAAAGGUUUCUUGUACUUUUUGUUUGAGGCGUGCAAUCAGUACACGAUUUUUUUCCUCUUGCUCUCAGCUGGGCUUUCAUUCGCCAUCGAAUUCAUGAGCCAAGGAGUCAAGUACGGCUGGCAUGACGGUGUUGGCAUACUAAUUGCGGCGCUCUUACUUAUUGCUUUCCCUUCUGUGGGGAAAUACCGCUAUCAGAGAAAGCUGGCGCGGAAGCACUUGCGGUAUAGGAGCAACCUGAUGGUGAAUGUUGAACGAAGUAGCACAGAAACUACACCCAUUACCAUAUCUGGCGUUGUGGUGGGUGAUAUAGUUCAUUUGCAGGAAGGAGACCGUGUUCCUGCUGACGGUUUGUUCAUAGAUCAUGGUGAGGAACUGGUGCUGGAUGAGGUGUUGAGACCGAAAAUUGAUUGUGAAAAUAAUCCAUUUGUUUUUUCGGGUUCAAUUGUUGUGAAGGGUCGCGGCCGCAUGAUUGUUACAUCCAUUAGUGCUAAUACAGCUUUUGCUGAGGUGCUGAGCUUGGUGGCUGAUCAUAAUCCAAAGGAGAAGACACUGCUACAAGCUUUGAUGGACAAACCGAAUGCUUGUAUGGAUUAUCUUGCAUGUUGUGUCUCGAUACUGAUUGCGAUUGUGAUGUUGAUACGCCUACUAGUCUUCAGGAAGCACGAAAACUACAAUGAGAGGCCAGAGCUGAAAGGGCAAGUUUCAAUGAAUCUUGUGAUGAGGACCAUUGAGAAGAUCUUCUUGAAACCUCAAGGAAAGGUUUCCAUCUUAGCAAGUGUUCUCGCAACCGCGGUAAUAGGGAUACAACAUGGGAUGCCUUUUGUGAUUGCAGUUGCCCUUUUUCAAUGGAGCAAUAAAGCGGCCAAAAAUCAGGCAGUACCACAGAAUCUAUCAGCUUGUGUCACCAUGGGACUCAUAAAUGUCAUCUGCAUCGAAACAACUGCAGAGCUAAUGUGCAACCCGACGGAGGUCAAGGAAGUUUGGAUCGGUGAAGAGGAUUUAAGCAUUGGUGAAGUGAACUCGGAAACUGACCAAGUUCUUGAGGCACUGCAUCAGGGGAUUUCAGCUACCGCGUCACCAACAAAUGAUCUGCUCAUUUCUGGCUGAAAACCAGAUGGGGUAGUAACGCGGCGUUACCAGAUCAAAGAUUUGAAACCGUUGAAGAGAGACAAUUGAGCUCUGACGAAAAAUGUAGAGGGAUCUUGGUGAGGAAAAUCGAGAAUGAUGAGCAGAUUAUGCAAGUUCACUGCGACGGAGAUGCAGCAACAAUAUUAGGCAUGUGCUCACAUUACUAUGAUAACAGAGGGGAAUGUCACAAUAUCGGAAACCAGAAGAGAAAACUUGAGCAGGUGAUCAAGAAGAUGGAGAAGGAUGGUCGGAGACCGAUUGCAUACGCGUACAAGAAAACACAAGCUGAAGAACUUACAGGAGAUGGGCUGAUUUUGUUGGCACUUGUCGGUCUUAGAUGUCCAUAUCAAGAAGAGCUUAAACUGGCGGUGAAAGCUCUUAGAGAAGCUGGAGUAAGCAUCAAACUGGUGUCAGAGGAUGAGCUCUCGAUAGUGAGAGCUACAGCAUCGGAACUUGGGAUCUCCCCUGCCUCAGAUGACAAGGUAAUUGAAGGUCAAGCUUUCCGAAGGCUCAAUUCCAUGGAAAGGCCGGAUGCGGUGGAUUUGAUCUCUGUGAUGGGAAGUUCCCUCCCCAAGGACAAGUUUCUCAUGGUGGAGGGGCUAAAGAAAAAAGGUCGCAUAGUUGCAUUCUACGGAGGUCUGACCAUACGUGACACUCUGACCUUAAAAGAAGCUGAUGUAGGAAUCGUGCACGAUAUCUGGAGAACCGGGAUGGCCAGAGAGAGUGCCGAUCUUAUAAUCGGCAACGGCUGUUUCUUAAGCAAGAUUGUCAACUCUGGUGCUUGUGCCUACCACAACAUUCAGCACUUCUCUCAGCUUCAGCUCACGCUUGCAUAUCCGGUUUACUUGUAACCCUAGUCGCCACAAUGCAUUCGGGAGAGUCCCCGCUAACAGCAGUUCAUUUGAUUUGGGUGAACUUGAUCAUGUGCCUUCUUGGUGGCCUCAUGAUGGUGAUGGAGUUACAAGGCACCUUACAACACAUUCAAAGACCUGAGGAGAGGACCGAGUCGCUUAUAACCAAGGUCAUCUGGAGAAACAUAGCGGUUCAAGUUUUGUAUCAGGUUUCCGUCUUGCUGAUCUUACAUUUCAUGCCGAGCGUGAAUGAAGGCGUCCGGAAUACCAUGAUUUUCAGUACUUUCACCUUAUGCCAGGUCCUUAAUCUGUUCAGUGCCAUGGACUUGGUGAAAAAGGAAGUGCUGGUUGUAGUCCUCCACAGCCAUUGGUUUCUGAUGGCGUUGGGGGCUGUUUUGACAAUGCAGGUCAUCGUUGUUGAGUUCGGAAAAGAACUAGCUAGCUGUGUGAAGUUGAAUGCACUGCAGUGGCUAAUCUGUUUCACUCUGGCUGCUCUUUCGUGGGGCUCUGAUCGGGCCAUCAAAUUCCUUUCAGCUCACCUCCAAAGAGCAACUUCGGCACUGAGGGUGAGCUCACGCGUUGGAUUCUCACAUCGCCACCGCAGAUUAUACAUUCUUAUUUGGUUGUUCCUCAUCUUCUCUGUAUCAUCAUACUGUUUCCACCCAGAAAAUUCUCGACUCUCGCUGUAUAUCCGCUGAGACGCAGCCGUAGAGUACCAGUCCGCCGGGAAGGGAUUUUUUCUAUUGAUUUUUUACUGUAAAUAUAGUAAAUAAACCAUGUCAAGUAAAUUUGAAUCCUCUUCUUCCA